CCCACCCAGCACUCUGAUCCAGACUAAGAGUCCGAUGGUGCAGCGCAGGGGCUCGGGCGGUCGCUUCGGCAGACGCAGCCCUGCCAAGGCCAGAGACGAUGACGACUCCCGUAUUCCGCUGCGGAAGAUGACCCCUGGCAAUGGCAGCACCAGCGCCCCUCGCGGCGAGCAGCGAACCACGCGACACGUGGUGCCACCCGACGACCAUCCGCAGAAAGCUGCAGACGACCGACAGAGAGCGCCUGCUGCAGUCGAUGCCGUCCCGGCCACCGUGGACGCGUCCCCCGCCGCCUCGGACGGCUCGGGCAGCCCGCGCGGCCGGUCCUCGCCCUCCGCAGCGGCCAGCGACCGCUCCUCCUUCCUCGACAACCGGUCCAAGGUCACCGGCAUACGCGACGUGCUCACCAGGAUGGACGCCUCGAACACAGAAGUGGCCUCUCCAGGACAACGAAGCACGCUCUCUCCUGAACAAGUUCCUGGGCGCCCAGGUCAUGAUGACCGGCAUGGAGUCGAUGAUGGCACAGACCUCCAGCAGCCAGAACAUGGUCUCGGGCGGCACGGGACGCACACCCACCGCGAGCACCCGAUCUCAGCGGUCGCAGUUCCGCACGUCGCGCGACGAGGACGGCCAGUGGAAGGGCCAGAUGUCGGUCGCCACCUCGGCCUUAUCGACCCCUGCGGCCGGGGAGACGGUCAUCGUCUCGGGGGUCAACAUCUCCGAGGUCACCGACCAGGAUAAGCUCCACGAGAUGUUGGAGCAGUGCGACAACUUCGACGAGAGGAAGAAGAUCCGUGCCAGGUUGAUGACAUUGAUGCAGGAGGCCAGAGCGCGCCGCGAGCUGGCCUCGCGCCGCCGCCUGCAGCACCAGCAGCAGCGCGACGGCGGCAGCGUCAGCCAGCACGAGGCUAAAAUGAUCAACGAAUGGCUGCAGGACAACUUUGAGCCUGAUGUCUCUGGUGCCUUUUCUUCCUCUGCAUAUCGGGUCGAACACUCUGUGGCCUAUCUGAGCAUGGUCACGCAAGGGAAAGACUCACCUUCUGAUAGCAAGAUGGCCUCUUCCUCGUCUUCAGUGACGGCGAAGACGAGCAGCUCCAAGACCGUGGCCAGCUCUCAGCGCUCGCAGCUCACCAAAGGGAAGGCACCGGUCUCCGCGUUUGACAAGUUCAAACAGUUGGACUCGGCCAACCCGCGGGCUGUACCGCGCACCGACUCCACUUCCAGCGACGGCGGCGGCGGCUUUAAGCUGGACGCGGGCCUGGCCGCCAAGGCGCAGGGCGCCAAGGAGAUGACGCUUUACUGGUGCCAGUGUCGCACCAGGGACUACCAGAACGUGAACAUCGAAAACUUCUCCACCAGUUGGAACGACGGCAUGGCUUUCUGCGCUCUCAUCCACCACUUUUACCCAGACGCCUUCGAUUUCGAGAAAUUAAAUCCGAAAAACCGCCGCUAUAAUUUCGACCUGGCCUUCAAAACAGCCGAUGAGAAGGCGGGCAUCUUCCCGCUGCUGGACACGGACGACAUGGUGGCCAUGCGUAAGCCCGACUGGAAGUGCGUGUUCACCUACGUGCAGGCCAUCUACCGGCGUCUGAAGGACGGGCCGUGCUCGCCGUGAGACUCCGGGCCGUGCUCGCCGUGAGCUCGCCUCUGUGUGGGGGCGUGCGCACCAGGCGGGACCGCGAGGGUGACGACCGGCGCCGCUGGAGCCAGGACCGACGGCCGGGCGGCGCGCGCCGGCCAGAGAUGUGAUACUCGAGACGUGCCCCGGGCCAGACGCGGCGUGCCCCCUAGCUAGUCACUAACCCGCGCGUCCCCCCCCCCCCCCUGCACUUUCUGUCGGUCAUCGGUGUUGGGUCCGAACGAGCAGUGGCGUAGUCAGUGUGUCAAAGGUAUCGAUUUGUACAUACAUGAUAUAUGCCGAUGGUAUACGGCGCGCGAUAGCACGAUGGAGUAACAAGCCGGAUGUAGUAUGUCCUCGUGUAGUGCAACUAUUUUAAGAGUAACUUAUUGUAACAAAAGGAAAGUUUGUUACAUGUGGCGAGUAUAUCAGUGUAUGUUGUGACUACUAUGUUUUUUAACCGAACCAAUAAAAGCCCAGAGGGCUAGCUUGA